UGAAUGCGUCAGAGACUACUAUACUAUAGCGCGCGAAAAUUGAGUAGCUGGUAGAGUGUGUGCUCGUGUCAUUUACUUUUAGAGUUUUAGGUUAGAGUCGUAGCUACUAGUGAUUGAACUGUUUAUCCAGUUAUGAUGAAUGAAGAAGAGUUUCAGGAAAUAACGUGUGCUGAAGAUUUUGGGCAAUCAUUUUUGAACUCUGACAACAGCGAGAAUUUGACCUUGUGUUCAAAUGUUCCUGCUUUGUGCACAGAAGAACCAUGUAUUCUCGGCGUUGAUGAAGCUGGCAGAGGACCUGUUCUUGGUCCCAUGGUAUAUGGUGUCAGCUAUUGCCCAAAGAGCAAACAAGACGUUUUGAAUGAUCUAGGAUGUGCUGACUCCAAAAGUCUUACAGAAGAAAAAAGAGAAGAUAUUUUUAAAAAAAUUUGCAGUGAACGCGAUACAAUUGGCUGGAUCGUUGAAGCUAUAUCACCAAAAACUAUCUGCAAUAAUAUGCUUAAGAGGCAAAAGUAUUCUUUAAAUCAGAUUGCUCAAGAUUCAACAGUGCAUCUCAUAAACAGUGCAUGUUCAAAAGGUGUUAGAAUUGCAGAAGUGUAUGUUGACACAGUUGGAAUGCCAGAAAAGUACCAGGCAAAGCUUUCUGCUAUAUUUCCUGAACUUAAGAUCACUGUGGCAAAGAAGGCUGACGCUACAUAUCCUAUUGUUAGUGCCGCUAGCAUAUGUGCUAAAGUUUCUAGAGACCGGGCACUUUCAGUAUGGAAAUUCACAGAAGGGUUGGAACUAACAGCUAAAGAAUUUGGAAGUGGAUACCCCAAUGACCCAGUAACUAAAAAGUUUUUAGUAGAGAACAUUGACCCGGUAUUUGGAUUUCCACAACUUGUUAGAUUUAGCUGGUCGACUGCAGAUAAAAUAUUGCAAGAAAAUGCUGUGCAAGUUGAGUGCUGUCUUUUUGAGGGAGUGUUGGCGGUAAUUCAUCUCUUCAUCAUCGGGGUGGACGCCUUGCGGGUUCAGCACCCGGAUGGAGGUAUGCUGUACUCGAGGCAGGAAGAUGUGGUGGUGUCAAGUCACCAGUGAGCAUUAAGGUUGGUAUGGAAUGUAUGGGAAAUGCGGAAUGAAGUAAGGAGGCUUGAGGAAGUGUUUGAAGAGCUUAGGCAAUGUGCAGAGGGCAAGGGAAUGCUGAAGGAAGUAGCCAGGGAGUAUAAGAAAUUGCAUGAGGCUUAUGAGACACUACGGAAGCAGGUAGGGUGGAUGGAGGAAGCGGUGCCACGGGUAAGAUGGAAACAAGGGUGGCUGAACGCAGGGGGGAAAAUAUUGAAAACAGUCUUCGGAAUCACGGACAAAAGUGAUAUAAAGGAGAUGAACAACAUGGUGGAAACAGUGACGCAACUUGAAGAGGGGAAUAGAGCAGCGGAAGCAUGGCACGCAACCCGGAUUGGGAAAUUGGAGGGGGAAGUCCUGAAUAACACACGAUUGCUCCGUUCAUUAGCAGGGCAGGUAGUGGAAUAUGUUAAGGCGUCAGAAGAUGUAAUAAAUUGUAACCUGGGAACCUUACAGGUGUGUCUGGAAGCCCUAGAUUUCCAGGUGGUGUUAACUAGACUUCUGCAGGGGGUUGCUGACAGUGUGUGGGAUGUAAAGGGUAUGAUAACAAAUCUGCAAGAAGCACUGCAUCACACUUUGCGAGGCCAGAUAAGUACUGAUUUGUCACCGCCAGACCAAUAUUUAUGCGGGUUGCGCAAGGCACAGAGGGAACUACCGUCAGGGUUUAUAUUUUGAUUCAAUUCCCAGUUAUGGAGUAAAAUGCAAGGUUUCAAUGUCACACGGUCCACCCGUGUCCAGUGAAGUGGGGAGUGUUGAGCAAGUUUGUAGAAGUAAAAACUGAGGAUGUAUUGCUGAUCUCGGUAGUUAACAGCCAGUACGCCAAGAUGACAAGGGAGGAAUUGUGGAGCUGCCACAGAGGGAAGGUAAUGUAUGUCCAGCCAGGGUGAUAAGCACCAAUCCAGAGACAUGCACGGUGCAGUUAUUUUUAGCCAGGAGGGAAGAAAUAGACUGUCCAAGGGACAUCAUGGAGCUAAAAUUGAGCUUGCAAUGGGUCGGGAUGCAUAGGAUCUUCUCCACCUACAAAAAAUUAAUAGUAGUAGCAAGUUGUUUUGAGCAGGGAGAAUUUGCUGAAGCGAAAUGUAUAGAGCUCGAGGGGAGCGGAAUUUUAAUCAAUGGAACUAAGUGUAACAUAAUAGGAUCAACCUUCCAUCUGCCAGCGUCAAUUUCAGGAGUCACGCAAUUGAAUGUUACACAGCCACAGCUGUACUGGCCACAAGCAACUUUACGAGUUUAGCCAAGGCAGAAUCUGACCUUGUUAAAUCAAACCCUAGAGUCAGGUCUGUUGAGAUCCAUGAACCAGUUCAUUUCAGAGCAAGAGGAGUGCAUAUCAGCCAAACAGCUUGUGCAACAUGUCGCUCAAUAUAGAUAAAGGCAACGACAAGUAGCGAUCAUUUUGAGCACCUCUUUGCCAAGUGCCAUCACAGCCUUAAUUCUGUUGAGUGUGUUUUUCAUUCUAAUCGGGAGGAGACCCAAUUCUAAGAGGGAACCGACGGUAGUCCAAAUCCCAGUGGAUUGGAUACUGAGGGCGUAAGAUGGGUAGGUAAGAGGUUGAUCGAGCAUUAAGUAGAGUGGUUAUCCAGUAAGGAAUUUUUACGUUUUGUCUCAUGUCAUGUGCUUCAAGAGGACUAGACUACAUCUAAGUCUUGUAAUAGUAGUAGUAAAUAUAAGUUCGUGCCAACUCAAACAAGUUUAAGACUAGUUAGAGGUCGACAUGGGGACCAUGUCUUUCCGAAGGGGGGAAUAAUGUAGCGGCACCACUGUUUAAGAUAGGAAAGAGUUUAGACUUGGUGCAAUAUUUCUGAGCUCACAAGUUACAGCCAGGUGCGAGCCUGUUGGCAGUAAGUUACGCUUACCAGUGGUUGUGAAGUAAAAUGGAAGCCACAGGGGCCGUAGACCCUCUGAAAAGAGUAAACCCAAUGGUUUGCAUGGUGCAAGUUACAGGCAGAAGGGGCCCACUGGCCUACCUAGGUGUUGAGUACAUGACUUGGAGCAGCGCGUUAUCGAAACAGAGGUGCACAGCCGCGUAUAAAUAGGUGCCGGUUCACUAACAAGGCUUUCAAGUGUGACAGCUCUCCUGGACGGUGGGGCGUGUCACACCACCGGCUACACACAGCAGCAGAUGAGGUACCAGCAUUCCAGUCCACGGCAGGUCGCUGGUUCAACCAUCUGAGGCCAACACGGGGUCCGCAUCCAGCCAGUGGCAGGCCAUGCCACGGCUCACUACUGUGGGCAGUGUUAUUGGCUCCCGACAAAUGCUGGAGGCAUCCCGAGGCGAGAGCCGCAGAUUCAGAUGCUGGAUCUCAGGCGCUUGUUGUCACCGUGAUCUUAGCCACACCGGCAAGGAAGCACGCCGGGGCCGCAUUGCAGCUCCUAACAGGCAGAGCUGAAGCUACUGCGGCGAAGACCACCGAGUCGACUGCAGACGCCUCCUGACGUUGUCACAACUCCGUGGCUGUACAAGGCCGACACAUAGCAGUGCGCUGCACGGGUCGCUGAGGCAGCCAUUGCAUGCCAAACCAUUUCGCAGACAGCGAAGUGGUGUCCUCAGCAUUGCGGGAGCCGGUGACGCAGACCGAGAGGAAUGGGGGCACUGUAGCUAUAAAAAAUAAAUCACUUGGUAAACUCGAAUGAGUUUUAAUACCACACACCCUGACAGUUUCUAUCCUCGUCCAACAUACAUGUACACUGACGAUGAGAAGCCACAAACUGAACUGCAAUGCUUUUGCUACGUUCUGCCAAUGAGAGGAAAGCAUGGAGGGGGUAGCAGCAAACAGAACAGUAUUGCCAAUGACAUAUUAAGAACCCUAAAGGUCUCUCAGACCGAUAAUUUGGUUCAGGGUUUAAUGCUGCAUCAAAUUUUAUUUGUCAUCAGAAUGUACUAUGUUUUACUUCCAGUGUAUUCUUUGACAUUGCAAAUAACUGAGAAUAA